CCUACGAAUGACCUCACGGUAGGAAAAUAAAAUAAAAAGGCAACCAAUUUUCAUGUUGAUAAUUUCCCAUCUUUUUUCUUUGAUGCCUUCUUUAUUUUCCCUUGCCAAGGUGGCUGCUGUAGCCUCUUGUGUAUUCAGUCUUACUUUUGCAGAACCUGCUUUAUUCCAACAACAAGAAGCUCUUGUUGACUUUGGCGAAAAGACUUGGAACGAUGUACAACACGUCUUCCAAGGUGCUACUGAUAAGGUCCAUGAUGCUACGGAUAAGCUCAAGAACAUCUUGUCUCAUGGUUCUGAUACCUUCACUACUUUUACCCAUCCUGCUUUCUCUCAAUAUGCUUUGAGAUACAAGAGACCUUCUCUCUGUGAUCCUGAUGUAAAGCAGAUCUCUGGUUAUUUGGAUGUCGGAAGAGACAAGCACUUUUUCUUUUGGUUCUUUGAAUCAAGAGAUAAGCCCAAGGAAGACCCUGUUGUCUUGUGGUUAAACGGUGGUCCCGGUUGUUCUUCUUUAACUGGUCUUUUUAUGGAACUUGGUCCUUGUACUGUCAAUGAAGAGGGUACUGGUACUUAUCGCAACCCUUAUUCCUGGAACGAAAAGGCUAACGUCAUUUUCUUGGAUCAACCUUUGAACGUUGGUUUCUCUCACGGUAGCAAUGGUGCUUCGAAUACCGAUGCUGCUGCUGAAGAUGUUUAUGCUUUCCUUCAACUCUUUUUCAAGGAAUUCCCUCAAUACGCCGAUCUUGAUUUCCAUAUCUCUGGUGAAUCUUAUGCUGGCCAUUAUAUUCCUCGUAUUGGUGGUGUUAUUAACGAAUACAACAAGGGUAACUUCCAAUCGAUGGAACUCUAUAAAAAGAAGGAACACUUGGCCAACAUCAACCUAAAGACCUUGUUGAUCGGUAAUGGCUUGACUGAUCCUUUAAUUCAAUACAAGUACUACGCUGAAAUGGCCUGUGACAACUCUUAUGGUCCUGUCUUGGACAGAGCUACUUGUGACAACAUGGAAGCUCAAUUCCCCGCUUGUGAACGUUUGAUUCAAAAUUGCUACGACAGCCAAAAUGUCUUUGCUUGUUUACCUGCUGCUAUGAAAUGUAACAAGGAUCAAAUCAGUCCUUACCAACAAACUGGUAUGAAUCCUUAUGAUGUACGUGAAAAAUGUAAGGGUGGCAAUCUUUGUUACGAUAUUCUUGAAUCUGUUCAAAAGUACUUGAACAUCCCCGAAGUAAAGGAAGCAGUUGGUGCUGAAACUGAGAAAUACGAAAGUUGCAACAUGCAAAUCAACUUUAGAUUCCAAAUGGCUGGUGAUUGGAUGCGUCCUUAUGUCAAUGAAGUCCCUAAACUCUUGGAAGAUGAUAUCAAGAUUUUGAUCUAUGCUGGUGAUGCUGACUUUAUCUGUAACUGGAUGGGUAACAAGGCUUGGACACUUGCUUUGCCUUGGUCUGGUCAUGAAGAAUUUACUGCUGCCAAUGAUACUGAAUGGUACUCUGACAUUCUCGGAAAGCAAGCUGGUGAGCUUCGUAAGACUGAAGACGGUCGUUUUGCUUUCUUGCGUGUCUUUGGUGCUGGCCAUAUGGUUCCUUAUGAUCAACCUGAAAGUGGUCUUGAUAUGUUGCAACAAUGGGUUCGUGGUGAACUUAACUAAAUGUGUCUAUAAAUUAUAAAUGUACUAAUGUAUAUUGCGUAAAAUACAGUCUCUUUUUUUUUAUAUAUAUUAUACAAUAAGAAUUUGUUAACUUGAGUGGAAUACUAA